ACCGGGUUCCUACUUAUCGCUGGACUCCCCAGCAUGCGGCGAGGCAGAUCACACCUUCUCCUCCAGCGAUGUACAAUGGAUACCGGAGGUCUGACAUUGCAGGAGGACUCUCUGUCUGUCGAGCAGAAGGAAAUGUAACCUGACGCUGGGAUCUAUUUGUAGAUUCAAUUCUGCCCAGUGUUUAAGGCUGCUCUCAGCUCGGGCCCGCUGCCAUGUCUGGUCAGGGCACUCGGUCAAGCCAAGAGGAGAUGCCGUCGAAAGCCGCGGACGAUGCCGGGCUUCAGGGGAAUGCCCUCUGCGCCGCGCCAGCCACGUCGGAGGGAAAACACGGAAGCAGCGGGAAUGUGGAAGCCCCAGGCGUGGCCAGUGACCCUGCGCCUGAGAACCAAGGCGCGGGUCCUAUUGGCCAGGCAGAAGCAAUAACACCAGUCGCUGCUGUCCCAGUCGCCGUGACCCCAGCCAACGAGGUGCAGGCCAGCCAGCAACCACAAGCCCAGCUGUCUGCGCCCAACUCAACAGCCGCGAUGCCACAGAUUUUGGCUGCGGAGGGACUGGCCGCGGUGGUGAUGACAUCAACUGGAGCCGUCUCCUUAAACCAACCUCUCCUCAUCCCGCUGAACAUGGCCGGUCAAGUGACCGGUCACCAGGGACUCGUGCUGACCAUUCCCACAGCGAGUCUCGCAACUGUGUCAGGCCUGACCACCCCAACCACUGCAGGAGGCAUCCUAAAGCUCCCCCUCGCAAACAUACAGGCAGCGUCGGCAUUCCAACCCGCACAGGUUCAACACGGACUCCAGCCCCUGACCGCUCUCCCGUCGCUCGCGACACCUCUUGUAACCGCGAAACAGUCUGAGCUGCAACCCCAGGUCACCUCAAUCCAACCAAUACAAGGACUGGCCCUGAACCCCACAAUCCUGAGCAGUCAGACUCCGCUGAUGGGAUCCUUGGCUGCUACUUCAGUUAUAGCCAGCGCCCUGCCUGGCCUUCAGGGAAUCACCAACCAGAUCAUCACCAAUGCGCAAGGACAGGUGAUCGGGACGCUGCCCUUUGUGCUGAACCCGGCAGUGACCCCGGUGACGCUGUCGGCCCAGAGUCUGCAGGUCCAGUCCCUCUCUCCACAGGUGCUGCUGACCUCCCAGGGCCAGGUGAUCGCCACCGUCAUCAGCAACCCGUUCAUGUCCGUCCUCGGCAGCAGUCCGGGCGUCCCGGCCUCGUCCGCGAAGACGGCACAACAGGUACAAACUCCGCAGACAGCGGCUCCUGUCACACAGCCCAGUGUAACGCCAGCAGCAACUACGGCAACAUUAACACCAUCAGCGGCUGUGGUGAUGCCGGUGGCAGCCCCCACACCCGGCGAGCCCCUGAGCCCCCCCAUCAACACUCCCUCCACGGCCAGCGUAGGACAGCUGGUCAGCAAACCUCAAAACGCACCGACAGAGGUGGAUGGGAUAAACCUGGAAGAGAUUCGCGAGUUUGCGAAGAACUUCAAGAUCCGCCGACUGUCCUUGGGUCUGACCCAGACCCAGGUUGGACAAGCGCUGAGCGCUGCAGAAGGCCCAGCGUACAGUCAGUCAGCCAUCUGCAGGUUUGAGAAAUUAGACAUCACACCGAAGAGUGCGCAGAAGAUUAAGCCGGUGCUGGAACGGUGGCUGACGGAGGCUGAGGUGAGGCAUCGGGCGGGGAUACAGAACCUGACGGAGUUCGUGGGGAGCGAACCCUCGAAGAAACGCAAGCGCCGCACCUCCUUCACCCCGCAGGCCCUCGAGACCCUCAACGUGCACUUCGAGAAGAACACCCACCCCACGGGACAGGAGAUGACGCAGAUCGCCGAGCAGCUGAACUACGAGCGAGAGGUCGUGAGGGUUUGGUUCUGCAACAAGAGGCAGACGUUGAAGAACACCGUCAAGAGGCUCCAGCAGAACGACUCCGGUUUGCUGGCCCCGUUAACCGACUCUACAGGAACGGGUUGAACACGACCGGCAGAAGAACGUGCGUCCGGCCAAGUCGAGCCGUCCCAAAAAAGCAGCGUCUCUGGGCCCUUCGUUACCGCGAGGAUAACCUGAACCGGGUAAAUGAGACAGUCGGGCAGAGAACGGGGAUAGUCACGCAGUUGCGUUGUGUUUUACCUCGUCGGGAAUGUUGUGGCGCGCCUUCACUCGGAGCUGGUGCUGCCACAGAUGCUACUGUUAGUGCUGAAUACUUUAUACUAAAGUGGAGUGGAGUUUCCCCCUGUAGCUCAGCGCUCAGAGUCCC